GGGGACACGUGGUGACCUGAGGUCUGGGGGGAGUGACCUCGGGAACACGAUGGUUUUGUCUGACGCCUCCCAGGCAGGCGGCACCGACCAGGCUGAGCACCUGGGCCGGCCCUCUGUGCCCGGGGCAGGAGAGGGCCCGAAGCCCCCCCGGCUUCCCCAUCGGCCCACCCCAGGCCGGCUCAAGGCUCCGGGUUGGUUGGACAGCCACGGCAGGGUCCGUGGGUGGGGAGAUCUAAACUCAGUGCCUUGGUGGCCGAAGAAGGAGGCUGAAGAUGGGACCGGGGAGGCUGGUGCCCACGCUGGUCCUGGCGCUCGUGCUGGCCAUGGGGUCCCGGCCGCAGGAACAGCUGCCCAGGGAGGCCCACAGCCUCAACUGGAACAAGUUUUCAGGGUUCUGGUACAUUCUGGCUGUUGCCUCCGAUGGCCAGGGGUUCUUGCCUGGGAGACACAGGAGGAAGCUGGGGGCAUCCACGGUGAAGGUUCACAAAGUGGGCCAGCUGAAGGUGGUCCUGGCCUUUAGCCGGUCACAGGGGUGCCAGUCACACACGUUAAUUCUUCGGAAAGAUGGGAAGAAGGCGGUGUUCAGGAACACACUGAAGGGGGUGGAGGGUUUCCACGUGCUGUCCACGGACUACAGCUUCGGCGCCGUCUACCUGCGCCUGGGCCGCGCCGGCCGGACCGCCAAGAUGCUACUGUUCUUAAGCAGACGGAACACGUCCAGCUUCCCGAGCAUGAAAAGGUUCGUAGACAUAUGUGAGGCUUUGGAGCUCGCCGACGGUGUGACCGUUCUUCCGAAAGACGCCUCCUGUGCGCACACCAUCCUGCCCUGAGGGCCACCACCUUUACUUUGGGGCUCCGCUCGUGGUCCUCCGAGACCCCAGGAGCGUUCUUCGCGAUUCCGGGAGUCCUCAACCCGCGGCUUGCUGAGAGGUGUUUGGUGACCCCAGGCCGCUGAUGGGGUGAAGUCCGAGGGCCGUGGCUCUAGCCCAAGAGGGAUCCUUGAUGAUCCUCAGGAGCUGGGGAUAGGAGGGCACGUGCUGGCCGGCAGGGAGAGUCCAGUCCUGGCCCGUCAGCUCGUGCCCUCCAGGCGCCACAGCCGAGAAGGGCUGUCACCUCCUGUCUGCUGGGAAAUAGACCUCGGACCGGUCCAGUGUAAUCCUUGCCGCGUGUCUUCUCUGCAGUGAGUCUGCGCACCGCUCCCCGGGCUCCCCGACACCCCACACUUCCCCAGGAAGCCGCUCACUCCUUCGGGAAACACAUAUAAGCACCCGUGACACGCCAGGCACGUGCUCGCUGCUGGCGAGAGGGCAGUGAGCAAAAUAGGCAAUGGCUUAUUAGAAUUUGGGGACUGUCAGCCUCCGAGAGAGAGGGCCUCGAGCGUCCUAGAUGUCUUCUGUAGAGCUGAACAAGGACUAUGCACACCAUAAUUCUUCCAGAGUCUCCACGAAGACAUUACCCUAAUGAGGUGCCUGCGGGAAGAGCCAUUAACCACCUCACACUUUCCGAGUCUCUCGGCUCGGCUCGGCUGGGAGCCUCAGCCCCACGGUCACCC